AUGCCCCAGCUAAUGCCCCAGCCCAUUCAAUUGGCAUUAGGGCGGACGGGAUUUGUCUGGUCGGUCGACGACCUCACCUAUACUUUCCCAGACUACUCCACCGGCAUCAGCCAUAUCUCUCUCAAUGUGCCCCCGAGGAGCCGCACCCUCCUCAUCGGCGCCAACGGUGCGGGCAAGACGACACUACUCCGCCUGCUCGCCGGCAAGCGCCUAGGCCCCAGCAACACGAUUUACGUGUGCGGCGUGGAUCCCUUCAAAGACAGCCUCGAGGGCGUCACCUACCUCGGCCUCGAGUGGGUUCUCAACGCCAUCGUGCGUACCGACAUUGGCGUCGCGGAGCUCCUGCGCUCGGUCGGAGGGGAUGCGUACCCCGAGCGCCGCGACGAGCUCGUGUCCGUGCUGGAUAUCGACUUGGCGUGGCGGAUGCACGCCGUGUCCGACGGGGAGAGGCGGAGAGUCCAGCUGGCCAUGGGCCUGAUCCGACCGUGGACCGUGCUCCUCCUCGACGAGAUCACGGUGGACCUUGACGUCCUGAGCCGCGCCGAGUUCCUGGGCUGGCUCAAGACGGAGACCGAGAUCCGCGAGUGCACCAUCGUCUACGCCACCCACAUUCUUGACAAUCUCGCCGGCUGGCCCACGCACCUUGUGCACAUGCACCUCGGCACCGUCAAGGAGUGGGCGCCCGCCGAGACAUUUUUCGAGACCAUGGCCCCCACGGCCGGCGGUAACAGCCAGCUGGGCCAGCUCGUUUUGGGCUGGUUGAGAGAAGAUCUCAAGGAGCGUGGGCCUAGAAGCCACUUGCGCACAGAGGGGACGACGUACGCGACCACCGGGUUCGGCGGGUACGGGUUCGAGGGCAAGCCAAAGAACGCGUGA